AUGGGACGAGAGAAAGAAGAUGGGGGAGUUUUGGAAGAGAUAGAGCUAUUUUUGGAAGGAAAGGGAGAGAAAUCAUUUGGAGAAACUAUUAGGCCGACAAGUGCCUCCAAGGCUGUCAGUGAAGUUCAAACCUUGUGUGUUGUUGAGACUCUGCUUAUUAUGUUGUCCCGUGGUGAUAGCCAUUCCUCUCUUUGUCAUCUCUGUGUUGAGGCAGCUAUGAAAAAGCUAGCUGACCCUGGGAACACAGACUUUGACAAGCACUUGGCUGAACACAAGGCCACUCUGGAUAAGCUUAACAAACAGUAUUUUGAUAACCUCAAAGAAUUGGAUGCCCUAAAGCGGCGAGGGAAGGAACUUGAUGAGCUGGAGAAGGUGGCCCGUAGCAAGUCUUUGUUUGGUGCGCCAAUUAAUGAACUCAGCUUUCACGAGUUGGAAAUGCUACGGAAGUCCUUGGAAGAAAUUAAGGAAAACAUAUUGAAGCAAAUUGAGAAGAUUUCUGCGGACAAUGAAAAUCCAACCUCAUCCUCCUCUGCGAAUAUCGCUGGAGUCAUCAAUCCUUCUGUGAGUAGCACUGCCAGGGGUUCUUCCUCUGCUGAUGUCAAUGACCAUGAUGAUGGCCAUGGACAUUAA